GGGGAUCAACAGUAGGCUGUCGACCGUACUGGGACGCAUGUUUAGACUGGAGUCGCAGUCUAGUGCAAGCACGUAUUUAGCUGCAUCUUACUGGACGUAGGAAAGGCACAACAAAACCUGAGGUUCAACUUAAUGAACAUAUUUCAGGAACAACUACUCAAUCAUGAGUGAUAUUCACCCCGAGGCAGUCGGACAUGGUGCUCAAACAGCUGUGAUACCUACCAGUAACUUGGGCCAGAACGUGAAGAGAUAUCAAUGGAUUUCAGCAGCGCCCACUGAACUGAUGGAUGCUCGAGAAUUCAUCACGUCUUGGUCUGAACACGAUAAGGAGCGUAGGCAGCUUAAACUCAGCCCGAUAAAAAGCCUACGCAAUGGUCACCUAAGGUUAUUGGUACGCAUUGAGUAUUUCCAACUACCGCUUCCUUCAACAGGGAUGUCUGGUGUAGGAAUAGACUGUGAGAGACCAGUGGGAGGCGAAACUAAGACACGGCACCAGUCCAUGGAGUCAUUGACCGUUGGGCUGAGCUAUGCAGAUAAGCGUAGACAGCACGGUUGGAAUCCGCGAAUAUCGAAACCAACUGUUAGGGACUUUGGUUGACAUGGUCCAGAAUCUUCGCAAUAAUGUAGGUGGAUUCACUCAUCUCCUAAAACCUGAGUCCCAAAAUCUCGAUACAUUUUCUUUUUUCUAUACCUGAUCUUCUUAAUUGCUACUCCCAGUACUCUGGGAUUUGUCCUGAAAUGAUCUUAUUGCAAUAUGGAGAUGCGGUCUGGUAAAGCAAACCGAUAAUGAUGUGUCUACUAUGUCGUGUAAAAUCGGCUUCUCAUUUGACAAUUUAAGCAUAUAAAAUCGGGCACCAAAAGUAGAGCAUGCCUCAAGGCUCCUG